AUGGCAGGCUCGAUUCGGAACGAUUCAUGCAAACAGCCCACGCUCAAAGCCUCUUCUGAAAAAUAUGCACAGCUUGUUCACGAUUCAACGACACAGCUCCAUCAAUCCCUUGAACCCAUCUUGACAGCUUUGGAUCGACGCGCCAUGGGAUUGACAAAGCUUGCCAACUUUGAAUCAGCUCUUCACAAUGCCAACCUCAUACAGCAACUCUCGCCUUCGUCAGCACUUGGUUACUUACGGGAGGCCGAUGUGUACAGUGAACAAGGCAAACAACAUCAUGUAAUUGCUAUCUGCAACAAGGGGCUCGAUAGGGUCGACACCAAUGAUAAGCACUAUGCGACACUACAGCAGGUCAAAGAGGAUGCUGAGCGACGCCAAAACACACAUGUCGACUUUAUGAAACAACUACCUCCCGAAAUUGUAAUUGAAACACUCAUUCCCAUGUUGUUGGACGAUUCUCCUAUGAGCUCAACUACGGCAAGCCCCUAUUUGUAUGUAUCCAAUGUAUGGCGUGAUCGUAUUGUUCAGUGCUUCAAUGGGCUACGUUUCGAGGUUCGAGAUACCGCAUGCCACAAUCUGGCACAUGUGAUUGAGCUUUCCCAGUGUAUCAGGAAAUUGGAGAUGGGCCGAGGUUCCAACGAGGGAUGGUUUUGUGAUUUGUUACGCAAUCAUGACUUUUGUUCGCUACGGGAGCUAUGCAUUGACUAUUAUUCUACUAAAGGCGUUGAUCCCUUGCUUUCAUGCUUCAAAUCAAUCGGCAACGCUUUGACAGAAUUGGUUCUCGAUAUCCAUUGUAUGAGCAUCGUGUCUAUGGCGGAUAUCAUGCAAUCGUGCCCAAACAUGGUAUCACUGGAUCUAACCCAGCCAUGUGUUCCGGAUUUCAGCACUCUACCAAUGACAGCGUGGCCAAAGUUGACAUCGCUAUGUGUGAAGAGCACCGCCGGCAUAAUGUGCUUUACGCAUGAUGACAUACAUGACAUUGGAAAGCGUUUUGGAUCACUCAAUCGACUUGGAUUUUAUCCAUGCUUUGACAAGCAAAUAACACCCAUCGUCUUGCAUUAUUAUCCAUCUAUGACUCGUCUCGAGGUUUUAUGUGCACGUGAUGGUGCUCAGCGCAUUUACAUGACACAAGGAAUUCGAUGCGCUGAGAGUGGGAUCAUGGAUUUUUAUAUGGAGGCGGAUCCUAUGCAAGGCUAUGUUCCAUGGGGUAUUUUGACCCAUGAACUAAGGCAGCAACAAAACACAAUUGAAUGCAUUGAAUGCAACCUCAAUCUUCGCGAGACACUACGUGAGCGGGAGGAUCACAAAGAGAUCUACACCAUCAAGUACGGGCGACUGAAGCAACUCUCUCUUUCUAAAUCGGGAUGGUGGAUACCACGCAACGCACCUAUGCUAGAGGAAUUGCGUAUAACUGCAUACAUCAUCAAGAAAAACGUUGCUGUACUUGAUACAAUACCACCCAAAUUGAAAAAGCUGGAGUUGGAUCUUGAUCAUGAUUUUGAUCUUCGCUACAAAGCACCCCUCGAACGAUACCUUAAACGAUUCGCAUUGCGCUCUCAUUUGAAGGAGCUUGUUAUUCAUUUCUCGAACUCAGAAAACAUUGACACUAUCCUCAAUGCAAUCCAUUGCCUUGAUCAGCUUCAACGUCUCAUGAUCAGCUUUACAACAACGUGGGAUUACUAUCAAAUGGAAAGGUUUAUCGAUGGGCUCGUCAAAGGAUGUCCAAAAGUAGCCUGCCUUGAGAUCGAAUGCGAAAACGCACCAUCCACAUCCUUAAUCAACGCUUUGAAAGGGCUGGAACAUUUGGAACAAUUUACAUUUUCAAUCAACGACAUGGAAGGCGAUGAUGGCUUUUGGCAAGCGAUUCAAGGCAUAUCACAGCUCAAAUGUAUUCGGGUCUACCCAGCAAGUGCAGCCAACAUGGAUGCAAUCAGGCGUCUUCAGGGACAACGGCGUGACAUGAAAAUUAUUCUCGAUCCCAGAUUCACACGCUUUGAAGAUGUCUUGUAA